AUGCCUUCUGUCGCUGAUCUCCGUGCCAAAAUCAUCCUCAACUGCGAGCUCUCCUUCAUCGACUUCGAGAACUUCAUUAUCACCGUCUCCAUCAUGAAGCGCGGUGACUUCUCCGAGCACACCGCAUACGUGGUCGCCGGUCCUCAACGCGCCACUGUCGCCCGUGCCACUGGCAGCACCGCUGAGGAGGCUCUCAUGAACCUGGUUCACAUCACAAGCUUCUAG